GCCCUUUUAUCCAGACCAACAAACACACCAUAGGAGCUUUGUGGAUUCAAAGGAUUUGCUUCCCGCUCUCAAAGAGCCGCUAUUCUUUGAUGAUUGGGCAGCGGCAAACUUCAAAGUAAUAAAUCUUCCUCCUGACUGGCUGGCGGCCCACCAAAGUCCUUAUCAAAUCCUAAGAAGUGAUCCUUCAGUCCCUCAGAUGGUCCAAGGAUAUCUGGAGGAGAGGAAGCGCAGGGACUCCACUUUUCGACAGGAACACGCUUUUGUGUUUCCCCCAGCGCUCCGACUCUUCGCCUGAGACUGAGGAAGAGCGCAAGGAGAAAGUUUGCCAUGGCAGCGGUGGCUGUGCUCAGGAACGACAGUCUACAGGCGUUUCUGCAGGAUCGUACUCCAAACUCUUCACCGGAGAACAACAAGCAUUCACCUCUGGCGCUGUUAGCAGCUACGUGUAACCGGAUCGGGCACCACCACCACCACCACCACCACCACGCAUCCAACCCAGCCGACUUCAUCCAGGUUCCGUACGACGCGACCCUGGGUUCUCCAUCGCGCAUUUUCCAUCCGUGGAGUAACGAGGCGAGUCCUCAGCCCGCUCUUUCCAGCAGUUCCUCUUUCGGACUAUCAUCUAAAGCUCCACUUUCCGCGCACCUCCAAGGCUCCUACAGCUCUCCCCAUGAGCUGCCGUUAACCCCUCCGGCAGAGCCCUCGUACCCUUACGACUUCUCUCCGGUCAAGAUGUUGCCGUGCUCCGUGCAGUCAUUACAGGCCACGUGUCCGCCGACUUACGUCCCCGCUGUGACGUACACGGCUCCAGCGCCCAUGCCACCCGCCGUGCCAGCUUUUGUAGCCGGCCACUCGGGCCUGGUACCCCAACAGCAGAGACAGCUGUCCCCAAAUCCAGCCGAGGACAUCCCGUGGUGGAGCUUGCAGCAAGGCAACGCUGUAAGUCACCCGUCGUCCCUGGCGCCUCACCGUUUUCCUCUUCAGAGGGGUUUAGUGCUUGGCCACACGGACCUGGCGCAGUACCAGAGUCAGAUCGCUGCUCUGCUGCACCCCAAAUCCCCUCUGGCUUCAGCGCGCCGGUGCCGCAGGUGUCGCUGCCCGAACUGCCAGACGUCCAGCUCGAGCGACGAGCCGGGGAAAAAGAAGCAGCACGUGUGCCAUAUUCCCGGCUGCGGCAAAGUUUACGGCAAGACGUCGCACCUAAAAGCGCACCUUCGCUGGCACUCCGGAGAGAGACCGUUCGUGUGCAACUGGCUCUUCUGCGGGAAAAGUUUCACUCGCUCCGACGAGCUGCAGAGGCACCUGAGGACACACACCGGAGAGAAGCGCUUCGCCUGUCCCGACUGCUGCAAGAGGUUCAUGAGGAGCGACCACUUGGCCAAACACGUGAAAACACAUCAGAACAAGAAAGCCAAACCUCACGAAAAGAGCGCCGAGCACGUUAAACGGGAAGACACGAGACACAUAUGAAGGACUAAAUCAGCGACUGGGGCGAUAUCCGGUACUCCUGACAGCGCACAGGGCAUAUACAGUGGACUUUCCGAAAUUUUGCAACUUUCUCAACAACCAGUGCAAGUUGCUUCUUUUUAAGGCGUGAAAAGUCGCACUACUUGGAAGCUACAUUUCUGGACUUGUAAAUAUGAUUUUCAAGUCUGUUCAUCAGUUCUCAUGGGGACUUUGAAAGAUGUUUCAUAUCCCUGUGCUGCCCUUAUAUCACUAACAAGUUUUGAACUUGUGUUAAGAUCUUUGUCUUCGGUGGAAGAUCUCACAUUGAUUGUAAAUAUAUAUAUUUAAUAGCUUUUGUUGAAGGAAAGUGUCAGUUUUCGCUCCUUGUGGGGUGUUUUAGCAUGCUAUAUUGAAAACAAGCUGUUAAAUUGCUGUGUAAAAAUAAAGAAAUUGUUCAUCCA